GCCAUUUUUUUGAAUGAUACUUUUUCCUAAAUCAUAGAGAAUAUUAAGGGUAUAACUGCAAACACAAAAAAAUGUAGGAAAGUGCCCCACUAAGGCCAAGAGCCCACCAAAAAAUUUUUUUCUUCAAUUUGCAACCUGCACUACCAACCUUUUCUGCAUCUUGCUUAUAUUUUUGCCAAAAAAAAAGAAAAAAAAAAGAGAGAAAGGAGCCACCAAACCCAGAACCCGCAGAGAAAAGAAGAGAGAGAGAGAGAGAUCAGAGGAGAGAGAGAGACAGACAGAGUGCGGCGCCGAGGAGGAGAGGAGCAAUAAUCCAAUUCCAAUCCAUUCCUCCGCGACCUCGUCGUCCGAUCAUGGCCAUGGCCGCCUCCAGGUUGCUGUGGGCUUCCCGCGCCGCCUCCUACCUCAAGAUCUCCACUUUCCCCAGGGCCUUCUCCACCGUGCUGAAGGAUCUGAAGUAUGCUGACACUCAUGAAUGGGUUAAGGUUGAGGGUGAUUCGGCAACCGUUGGAAUUACAGACCAUGCCCAGCACCAUUUGGGUGAUGUUGUGUAUGUGGAGCUUCCAGAAGUUGGCAGCAGUGUAUCCCAGGGAAAGAACUUUGGUGCUGUUGAAAGUGUGAAGGCAACCAGCGAUAUCUACUCUCCAGUAUCUGGAGAGGUGGUUGCAGUGAACGAUGGACUAGGCGAUGAACCUGGAUUGGUUAAUACAAGUCCAUACGAGAGUGGGUGGAUCAUCAAGGUCAAGGUUAGUGAUUCAGGUGAGCUCAAUUCAUUGAUGGAUGACGCGAAAUACUCGAAAUUCUGCGAGGAAGAAGAUAGCAAGCAUUGAACAAAUACCAGUGACUUGUGAUCUGCAAAGAAUGCGCCUUGACCCUUUUGUCAAUGCUUGUGAUGUGCUAUCGAGCACUUAUCUUUACCACCGGCUGCUCCUGAAAUCAGCACCGAUCAACACAUGAAUAAAUUAGUGUUGGCAUUGCCUCUUCCACAAAGAGUUGCAAACUUCGAACCUGUAAAUGACAUGAGUUUCGUUAUUUCUUUGUAGUAUCGCGUGAUUUCAUCUUCAAUUGUAGCUCUGCCGCCUCUGCUCCGUUUAUUUCUGAAACGUGUGCUUCGUUUACUUCUGAA